AUGCUGGAUAACACGAAACAAACUGAGAAAUCGCACAGAAGAAAGUCAAGUGUGAAGGUGGACCCGUACGAAUCUCCGGACUUGUACUACGGUCCAAUCACAGACCCUUCGAAUGUCAACUCGAGCUUUGGGAGGCUGAGAACCAGAUCGGUGAUUGCUCCUCGGGCGACACGCCGGUUCUCGUCGAUGACGGAUGAUCUUUUCGCAACAUUGAAGUCAAAGUUUAAGUCGGCCUCGGGCUUUGGCGCACAGCCGCAUGCACAGACACAUGCACAGACUUCUUCCCCUUCUCCGCUAGAAUCUGACUCAAAGUCUCAAUCUUCUUCGUCGACCUCUUCUUUGGCUAAAAAUAAUGUGCCUCCACCAACUCCGGGGUAUCCUCUCAGUACAGUGAUUAAUAGGAAUCUCCAAUCUCCUUCGCCCUCCUCUCCAACUAUUCGUAGAAGAGCCUCUGCAGAUAUGUCAUCAAGCAGAAUCAACUCGAGAAGAUUUUUCAUAAGUGACAUCGAAACGACGUUGAAAGAACUACUAAGAAAUGAGGACACAGAUCAAAACUGUCAGAUCACUAUAGAUGACACAGGUCCCAAAGUUUUGAAAUUAGGUACUGCAAAUUCAGCCGGCUUCAACCAAUAUGACAUUAGAGGCACAUACAUGUUGUCAAACUUACUACAAGAAUUGACAAUCGCCAAGAGAUUUGGCCGGAAACAAAUGAUCCUUGAUGAAGCAAGACUAAACGAAAACCCAGUCUCAAGAUUGUAUAGACUUAUUACAACCUACUUUUGGAAAAACUUGACUCGUCAAGUUACAAGAGAUUCGAUACUGGAUAUGGCGAAAGAUACUAAGAUCAAAACAGAAGAAGCCAAAUUUCCGAGAAUCUAUAUCCCCUUCAGUGAGAAAGAGCAAUACUAUUAUUAUAGCAAAAUCUCGGAGGCAAACAAGGAAUUCAACUUGAAAGUUGAAUAUUUACCUGAAAAGAUAACAGACGAGUUUGUGAAAUCAAUCAAUCAUAAGCCAGGCUUAUUGGCAUUGGCGGUUAGACAUAGAUCAAAUACUUACGGGGAUUUGGAAGGGUAUCCUUACGUGGUUCCGGGGGGUAGGUUUAACGAGCAGUACGGAUGGGAUUCAUACUUUGAAACACUAGGUCUUUUAAGCUGUGACAUUUUAGAACCUUGUGUUGGAAUGUGUGAGAAUUUCAUUUUUGAGAUCAACAACUACGGAAAGAUUUUGAAUGCGAACAGGUCAUAUUAUUUGUGCCGUUCGCAGCCACCAUUUUUAACCGAUAUGACUCUAAAAAUCUUUGAUUACAUCUUAGCCAAAACCAACAAAAUGGAGUUGGAUUUCUUGAAAAGAGCUUUCUUAGCUGCAAUCAAAGAGUAUGAUGAGGUUUGGUGCUCUCCUCCAAGGUUGGAUCCAGUUUCGAAAUUAUCCACAUUUCAUCCGGGUGGUAAAGGUAUUCCACCUGAAACUGAGGCAAGCCAUUUCAACGCUGUCUUGAGCCCAUACUGUGAAAAGUACAAUUUAACCUUUACAGAAUUCCAGCAAAAGUAUAACGAUGGAUUGAUUGAAGAGCCAGAACUGGAUGAGUACUUUUUGCAUGAUCGUGCAGUCAGAGAAUCAGGACACGAUACUUCUUAUCGUUUGGAAGGUAUCUGUGCUAAUUUAGCCACAGUGGACUUAAAUUGUUUACUUUACAAAUACGAGACAGACAUAUCAUUUGUUAUCAAAACAUAUUUUAAUAAUAAGCUAGAAUACAACAAUCGAAUUGAAACCAGUGAAAAAUGGGAAAAGUUGGCCGAAAUAAGGAAGAACUUGAUUGAUAAAUAUAUGUGGAAUGAGGAACAGUCGCUCUAUUUCGAUUACAACAUCAAGAUUCAAAAGCAAUCACCCUACGAAUCAGUCACAGCAUUUUAUGUUUUAUGGGCAAAAGUUUGUUCACCUGAAAGAGCUAACACAUUGAUAAGAAACUCUUUACAUAAAUUCGAAGAGUUUGGAGGCUUAGUUUCGGGUACUGAAAAAUCUAGAGGUGAUAUAGGAGUUUCUAAACCUUCAAGACAAUGGGACUAUCCGUUUGCAUGGGCGCCUCACCAAAUCUUGACUUGGGAUGGCCUGAAAAAUUAUGGUAGAGAAGAUAUCGCUCGGAGAUUGUCUUAUAGAUGGUUAUAUUUGAUGACUCUAUCGUUUGUUGACUUCAAUGGUAUAGUUGUUGAGAAAUAUGACGCAACAAGUGAAAGGCAGCCCCAUAAGGUUGAGGCAGAAUAUGGAAAUCAAGGAUCCGGUUUUAAGGGAGUGGCAACCGAAGGUUUUGGUUGGGUCAAUGCAAGUUACUUGAUUGGGUUACAAAACUUGGAUGUACUGAGUAAGCGUGCCCUAGGAAUGGUUACUAGUCCAACAGAUUUUUUUGCAAAAAUGAAUCCAUCGGAGAAGGACAAAUACGGAUUAAGGUGA